AUGGCGACCGAAGAAGCCAUUGCCGCUGGUCUCAUCGACUGGAUCAAUAGCCUGGCUGUUGCAGAUCCGGUCUACACAGUAGACGACUUCACCAAUGGCGAUAUCAUAUGGAAGGUCCUUCAGCAACUCGACCGCUUUAGCUUUCCGGGUAACCUCCCAGAGCAUCCCGAUACCGAUCAGUGGAUACACAAAUGGACCAACCUAAAACAUAUCUACGAUGCCCUCUCUAUCUUUCUGGUCGAAGAAUGUGGUCAACGACUACCUCUCCCGGGAGGGCGCCCCGAUCUCAAAGCUAUUGCUCAAUCAUCCUCUCUCAACGACACCGUCUCGUUGCUCAAAUUGCUAGUGGUCGCAGCUAUCAAUUGCGCCGAUCGAAUUGAAUAUUUGAAACAGAUGCAAGAGCUCACAGAGUCUACCCAGGAGGUGUUGAUGCAGACUGUUCAAGAGGCGGGUGAGGAUGAAGGAGACGACGAAGCGGAUAUCUCGGAUCGAGACGGUCAGGGCAUUGACGUGACGCCCGUCUCCCCCCGACGUUCUGGAGAAAUGGAAUCGGUACUCGAGUCCGAGGAGCGACUGGGCAAGGUUAUCGCUGAUAAUCAACGAAUCGCGCAUGAGAAGAGGGAGUUGCAGAAACAACUGGACGAGUACCACUCACGGUAUGAGAAAUUGCAAGAACAUUUCGACCAGGCCCAGGACGAACUGAAAGAGACCAAUGAUCGGUUAACAGCGGUCCUAGCAGGACGAUCCGACAUUUCGACCCGGCCAAUCGACUCGAAACAUGACACCCUGAUCGCCACCCUUGAGACUCGAGUCAUUGAGGCGGAAUCCGAGGUCGAUGAUCUCCGGAAGACCAACGAAGUUCUCAAGAUCAAAGCUGAAAAGGCCCAAAAGCUCCAGGACGAUUACGAUGAGAUGAAGAUCGAGCGGGAUAGAUUAGCCCGUAAGGCCAACGCUGCAGAAAAAUAUAAACAAAAACUGGAAGCGAGCCAGGAUCUGGAGAAGGACAACAACAGUCUCCGCGCCAAAGUGGCUGAACUACAGAACCAACUCAAACAGUCCGACUUUGCCCGCGCCAGUUCGAGUGAUUUGCAGAGAGAGAUCGAUGAAUAUAGGCGUCUUCUGCCAAGCAUUGAGCAAGAGAGAUACGAAUUGAACGAGAUGAAGAAACGCUUGGAAUUCGACUACCACACUCUGGAAGCUCGGUAUCACGAUACCACGGAACAGCUGUCCCGACAGCACCAAGCCGUUGAGGACUUACAGGGAAGACUGCGAGACUAUGAAGACGGUAUCACUCCCGCACCGAGAGAAGAGAGACCGCCUAGUCCGGUCAACAAAGAUCUGGAGAAGGAGGAAGCCGAGCUCCUUGAGUCGGAAGCACGUCUCACGGCCGCAUUACUCAACGGCGACUCUACCUCCGCAACGCACAAUAAUACGGAUCUCACACCUCCCACCACCGACACAUCAUCACCCGGUUCUAGUCUCAACCUCAAUCUUCCUUCUGACGGCGAGACUAUCUCAGAAGAUGAACUCAAAGCAAUCAUGUCAGCGAUGAGGGCUCAGGCUCAAGCCGGUUCCGCCUCGGAACGGGAAUCUUCUCUACGUGCCCAAAAGAAACUGAUUGCAGCCAUAGAAAGGCAAAGAAACAAAAACAGAGCAUUACUCGAGCAUGUACAGAAGCAGGACGAGAUGAUCAAGGAAAUUAGGAUGAAGAUAGAUCAAGAACGCGAAGCACAGAAGAGGAAGGAAGAUGCCCCGCCUGUGCCGCCACCGAAGGACACGCCCGCCUCCUUGCCCCAUUCUCAGACUCCAUCGACGGACGAGGAAUCUGGACUCGAGCGUCUCAGAAAUCAAAACAUGAUUUUCCGGCGCGAACUGAAACUCAUGGCCUCGGCAUGGCACGAACAGAACCUGCGUCUCGCGAGUGCCAGUUCUGCGGCCUCGGGGCGGAGUCGAGGAUUCGGAAGUGCAGGCGAACCUAGGGGUUUCCUGGGACGCCAGAGGCGGAGGGUUGAUGCUGUCUUUUUUGGUCGCGCUGCAUAA